AUGGGCUACGCCAGCGUUGGCUGUUCCCUGGUCCAGGCAGCGCUGACUCAGUCGUCCUCAAUGUCAGCGAACCCAGGAGGAACUGUCAAGAUCACCUGCUCCGGGCUUAGCAGCAGCAGUGCUUAUGCUGGCUGGUACCAGCAGAAGGUUCCUGGCAGUGCCCCCGUCACUGUGAUCUACAAUAACAACAAGAGACCCUCGGACAUCCCUUCGCGAUUCUCCGGCUCCAAGUCCGGCUCCACGGGCACGUUAACCAUCACUGGGGUCCAAGCCGACGACGAGGCUGUCUAUUACUGUGGUAGCUACGACAGCAGCAAUGCUGGUGCCACAGUGACGCAAAGCAAUGGGGAAGUGAUACAAAAACCUCCUGCCAUCGCAGGGGCCAGCCAGCCCAAGAUCUCCCCCACUGUUCACCUCUUCCCGCCAUUCUCCGAGGAGCUCUCGCCACAGAACAAAGCCACCCUGGUGUGUCUGCUGGGACACUACCCUUGUGCCAUGCAGGUGGCCUGGACAGCUGACGGCCGUGCCUUCACCAGUGGCAUUGAGACCAGCCAGCCCCAGCGGCAGAGCAACAACCAGUACAUGGCCAGCAGCUACCUGACGCUGAGUGCCAGCGACUGGAAGAGCCAUGAGACCUACGUCUGCAAGGUCACACAUGAGACUGACACCAUCGAGAAGGUCCUGAAUAGAUCUGAGCACUCCUAA